CCGAAUAGAACUGCGGCUAUAUAUACUGCUUUUUGCCUUAGUUUCCAUUCAAUUCUAUAACACAUUAUCAAACCAGUAAAUCGCAUUCUUAGAUUUGUGUAACGAUGGCAGGUGGGGAAGUAGUUUUGCUGGAUUUGUUUGCUAGUCCAUUUGCCGCGAGAGUGAGGAUAGCUUUGGCGGAGAAAGAAGUUGAGUUUGAAUCAAGAGAGGAAGAUUUGAGCAACAAGAGUCCUUUGCUUCUCAAAAUGAAUCCUGUGCAUAAGCAAAUACCGGUUUUGAUUCACAAGGGCAAACCCAUUUGUGAAUCUCUCACCAUAGUCCAGUACAUCGAUGAGGUCUGGAAUCACAAAUCUCCAUUGCUGCCUUCACAUCCUUACCAACGAGCUCAUGACAGAUUUUGGGCUGAUUACAUCGACAAGAAGAUUUAUCCAAAUGGAAGCAAGUUGUAUACAUCAUCGGAUCAUGAAGUGAAGGAAGCAGCAAAGAAGGAACUCAUUGAGAGCUUCAAAGUGCUGGAGCGAGAGCUUGGAGACAAGCCUUAUUAUGGAGGCAACAACUUUGGCUUUGUAGAUGUUGCCCUGAUUCCCUUCUACAGCUUUUUUUAUUCAUUUGAGAAGCUGGGAAAUUUCAGCGUUGAAGCCGAGUGCCCAAAACUUGUCCCUUGGGCUAAGAGAUGCAUGCAAAAAGACACUGUUUCCAAGUCCCUAUGUGAUCAGCACAAGGUUUAUGAAGUUGUUUUGGAGAUCAAAAAGAAGUUGGGGGUUGAAUAAGAGGAGAUCUACCUUAUUAUCAUCGUUAAGAGUCCUGUAAUUUUUAUUGAGAGUGAGUGAUUUCGUUUCUGUGUACGUUCUCUCUUUUUAAUAUUGUGUGAUUUUAUGUUAAGUUCAGCUUUGUUGAAUACCAUUAACAAGAGAAAAGUGGCUUUGAGUGA